AUGGCUGAGGAUAUCGAAGAGAUUCUUGCUGAGAUCGACGGAUCCCAAAUCGAGGAGUACCAAAAGUUCUUCGAUGCCUUCGACAGAGGAAAGCAAGGAUACAUCAUGGCCACUCAGAUCGGUCAGAUCAUGCACGGAAUGGAGCAGGAUUUUGAUGAGAAGACCCUUCGCAAACUGAUCCGCAAAUUCGACGCCGACGGUUCCGGAAAGCUAGAGUUUGACGAGUUCUGCGCUCUCGUGUACACUGUUGCCAAUACUGUCGAUAAGGAAACGCUGGAGAAAGAGCUUCGUGAAGCCUUCCGUCUUUUCGACAAGGAGGGUAACGGAUACAUCUCCCGACCAACCCUGAAGGCUCUUCUCAAGGAAAUCGCCGACGACCUCACCGAUCAACAACUCGAGGAGGCUGUCGACGAGAUCGACGAGGACGGUUCCGGAAAGAUUGAGUUCGAGGAGUUCUGGGAGCUGAUGGCCGGAGAAUCUGACUAA